AUGUCAGCUCCUAGAACAAAACCCUGGGAAGUAUCUUCUGGUACUUCGACAGCUACAGCAACUGGAGACAAUAUGAAUAGCAUAAACGGAGGUGCAACAACUAACCCGAUAGGUGAUAAUUCAUCCACUCAAGCUCAAGUACCUGAUCGGCCAACUUCUUUGACGUCAGAUUUAUCAUCCAUGUCUAAUACAUCGCCAUAUGGUAGUACCGGAUAUGGAUCUACAACAGGAUCGAGAUAUGGCGGUGGCUAUGGGUCGUCGAUGUACGGCGGUGGAUUAGGGUCUUCUAUGUAUGGUGAUGGAUAUGGAUCGUCGAUGUAUGGUAGUGGAGGAUUAGGAUCAUCGAUGUAUGGAGGUGGAUAUGGAUCAUCGAUGUAUGGUAUGGGAAGUAUGGGAAGUAUGGGUGGUAUGGGUGGUAUGGGAGGAUAUGGUAUGGGCGGUAUGGGAGGAUAUGGUGGUGGAAUGUAUGGACAACAACGCCCAGGAAUGGGAGGAGGAUUAGCCGAAGGUACACAGGCAACGUUCCAGCUUAUUGAGUCGAUUAUUGGUGCGGUGGGAGGUUUUGCACAAAUGUUGGAAGCUACGUAUAUGGCGACUCAUUCAUCCUUUUUCACCAUGAUUUCCGUUGCUGAACAAUUUGGUAAUUUAAAGAAUGCAUUAGGUUCCUUAUUGGGUAUAUUUGCCGUGAUAAAAUUUGCUAAAAAAAUAUUUUACAAGAUCACCGGUAGGACUUAUAAUCAUGGAAUUAGUGUAAAUGAAUUUGCCAAGUUCGAAAAAGGCCAAAAGAAGUUGGAAGAAAACAUGAGAAAGCAACAAAGUGGUAAAGCACCAAGAAUUUCAUUCAAGCCAUUAUUAUUAUUUUUAGCUGCAUCGAUUGGUUUCCCAUAUUUAUUAAGUAAGGCUAUUCAAAAGAUUGCUGAACAACAACAGCGUAAGCAGCAAAUGCUCGGGGCACAAGGUGAUGUACCUGGUGCUGUGAACCCAACAAACUUACAAUUUGCCAAAGCAUUGUAUGAAUUCAACCCAGAAAACCCAAACAUAGAAAUCGAAUUGAAGCCAAAUGAAUUGGUGGCGAUUUUAUCCAAAUUGGACCCAAUGGGCAAUGAAAGCAAAUGGUGGAAGGUGAGAUCUAGACAGGGCAAAGUGGGGUACGUUCCACUGAACUAUCUAGGUGUGAUCGAAAGAAAAGUACAGCAAAUCGAACCAUCAAACCAACUCCCACAUCAAAAUCCAAACUUAACCCAAGUACCCGUCCCCGAACAACCUGCUACCAAUCAACAGCACGACAAGCAAUUUAAUAAAAAAAUAUCAGUUGACGAAUUCAAAAGCUUUCAAAGUUGA